CAUCGAGGCGAAUCAAAACAAUCCAAAGCCGCUUUUGAUACCCGGCGCAUGACUAAUUCAAGGACAAGCACCCAGAACUUAUGCCCCCCAGCGACUCAAUAAGCCAUUGGAAAUAGGACUGUACUGUAACACAUAUAUUCGUCUUAACAGCCUACCCCGCGGUAGUCAUCAUGGCCGCCAGCAACCUUUCGACAUACUCCGAUUGCGUCUCUUCUCUCCGCAACUCCCUCAAAUUCCUCGAAUCUUCCGUUGCGACUCUUGAUAAUGGCGUAUCCGAUUUCCCCCGUCUAGUCAACGUCCUUAAGACCGUCCGCCACUACGAACUCAUUCCACAACCCACUCUCGCUGCAGCUGAGGCCUCAUUACGUGACGAAAUCGGACCAUAUAUCGCUCUCCUUCUCGCACGCGCAGACUCCCAGAUCGAGCGUCAGGAGCGUCGCAUCGAAACACUAAAAGCUCGCGCAGAGCUUCAGCAGGGUCGUUUAUCCCGCCCAGAUGAUGAUUACGACAAUUACGGUGGAAAGUCUAAGAAGCAGCGAACCGGGAGUCGUAAGCUGACUGCAGAAGAGAAGCUCCGCGCGCGAGCAGUUCGGCAGCGCAAGGAGGCUCUGCGCUAUGGGGUCGAGAGAUUGGAGCUGGAGGUGUUGCAGAAAGAGAGGGAGCUCAGGAAGAGACUGGAGGGAUGAGAAGUGAAGGCGGAAACGAACCCGCACUGAACGACAAACGGAGAAACAACUCAACGGAGGCAAUAUGCUGAAGGCCCUUUGAUGCAACGAAACCUCCAUGGCGACACAUCUUGCCAGAGAGGCUGAGACGUGAAGUUGUACCGAUCAAUGAGCAAGCCAGGCGAGAUCAGCACCGAACAUAAGCUGGCUUCCUAUCGAACCAUGCCAAUCCUCCUCAGCGACAAAUACGGAACCCAGCCGGAGGAUUAUAUGCUGAGUUCAUCUUGCUCUGUGUUUGCUAAAAAUCUGAACACAACCCAUGCCCCAUAACGGCACGUUGUCUAGUCUCAUGUAGGCUAGAUUCGACAUGUUAUUGAUACCCCAUUCUUCCAAAGAACGUGCCACGCGUUCCUGAGUAAAACCUUAACAACACAUGCAUUGGUCUCAAUGGCUCUUGGAUGGUCCCGCCAGUUGCAGAUCCUAAAUUUAGACUCAGCCCAACCUCACAAUUGAUCAACUCGAGGAUUCAGCUUGCAUUCCAAUAAUCAUCGUGUUCACUAGGUCCAAGGGAUACCCUAUCCCUUGUCGUUGUAACUACAGCUU